AUGGAUGGAUCAAGUGCCCACCCCCCUGGUAAUGACGCCGACACUCUCCAGCCUAGCUCGCCCCCUUUGCUGUUUAAAGAUAUGAAGUUUUGGUUAUCUAUGACUGUUCCUCAGCGGACUCAUAUGAGACGUCAAAUUGAAGCACACGGUGGGCGAGUAGUGAUCCUGGAAAAGGAUGCUGAUAUCCUUCUCGUUGAUCAUCUAAAAAGGAGAACAAACCCGGCACUUGGAGCUCCUCGUGGAAGUGUCCGGCAGCCUACCAUCGGUCCAGCAAAACGGUAUAGGAACCCGUUUACUGCAGAAGAUGAUAAAACUCUAUACGAUUGGAUGGAAAGAUACAAACUGGCUGGUGGGGCAGUUUCUGGAAAUAAGAUAUAUCAACAAUUAGAACAACAGGUACCCAAAGCCAUUUUCAUCUAUGAGAGAGAACAAAUUCUAAACUUUCCAUUUAGCAUCCGAACCAUACAUGGUCCAUUUACCAAAGCGGACAGAGAUGUCCUCCUUGAAAAUGCGGAAGAUAUCUUGCAAGUUUCGCCAGAUGCAGAAGAUGAGAUGUGGUCGGAAUUUGCCAAAAAUGAAGUAUGUCCCCGUUACCACGUUAGUGCCCCUUGGUUUCCUAACAUGGCGGUGUUUCAGAGUAGACAUUCAGCAACAGAAUGGAAAAACUACUUUCAUACAUAUGUUCGUCCGAUCCAUGAGUCAAAAUUGAGGAAAAAGCGGCAAGCAAUGCCCAGGUACAGCAGUAUAUCCGAUACCACAAAAGGAUCACGAGGAUAUACAAGCGCGAUAGAUAGCAGGCAAACAGGCGGAAGAGGCAGUGACGCACAGAUCCCUCAAGCAAAGAGAAGGCGUACCCUGCCCGACUGCUUCGUCUCCAGUGAUGUCAAUCAUACCGGUGCAGAUAGCAGGAAAGACAGCAGCGUAGAACUAGAGUCCACCCUAUCUCGCAGCUUCUCUAUAGGGUUCUCUAAAUCACCAGUUACAUUAAGGGAAGAGUCACAUAGGCAGCACAUGAACUCCAAGCAACAAGAAAUACCCCCUCAAAGUGUCGUCCAAAAUCCAAGGCAAAGCCCGCAUUUAGUCGCGGAAGGUACACAUAACAUCAACGCCGAACAAUAUAAUGUCGAAGAUGAAGCCGAAAAGGUUGCAGAAUGGAUUAGAUCUCGAGUAUCACGCAGCCGGGGUGUGUUAUCUGAAGAGCAAGUUAAAAUGGCUCUCCGCUGUACAUCCCUGGAUCGUAUCCUUGCUGAUGAAGUGCUCAAAUAUUUUCAAGCUGGGAAGGGUAUUCCCCUCGACAUGAAAGGGGUAUGGAGUGAAGAGGACGAUGCUGCACUUCAAGGGGUAGAUCCCCGAAACAUCGCGCGCAUUGAACAGAAGCAUGGAAGAGAAGAAUUUGAUGUUCGAUUUGAAUACCUGACGGAUUUGAGUGAAGCGCUUUAUGGAGAACGGCAUUGGACAUUUCAAGCAUAUCAAACAUACACAACCUCACGAGAUAGUUAA